GGGCAGGUAGACUUCGAUGAGUUCAUGACGAUCCUGGGACCCAAGCUCCUGUCGUCUGAAACCAGGGAGGGCUUCCUGGGGAGCACAAUAGACAGUAUAUUCUGGCAGUUUGACAUGCAGCGUAUCACCCUUGAGGAGCUGAAACACAUCCUGUUCCACGCCUUCAGAGACCAUCUGACCAUGAAGGACAUCGAGAACAUCAUCAUCAACGAGGAGGAGAGCCUCAACGAGAACUCGGGACACUGUCAGGCAGACUUUGAAGGAAUUCAUUCUAAAAAUAAGAACCGGCAGACGUGCGUGAGGAAGAGUCUGAUCUGCGCCUUCGCCAUGGCCUUCAUCAUCAGCGUCAUGCUCAUCGCGGCCAAUCAGAUGCUGCGGAACGGCCUGGAGUAGCCACGCCCACUGUGAGCGGGAAAAACUAACCUGCAUGUGCAUGAUGAAAGUGGGUGAGGUCAUUUCCUGUUUCUUUAGAAAGAAAAAAAAACGACUUCAAAAAUGUCUCACUGAUGGUGGCAAAAAAACAGAAAACACUGACUGAUAAACCAUCAGAUUUUUCUGAGUGGAUGACAGUCUGACGUCCACCGACACUGAGAAGCCAGCAUGAGGAGUCCAGCGAGACCCCUCAUAACCCCAUUACUCUGGCAGGGACAUUCAAGGGCUGACUUUCGCUUACUCUGCUGUCUCUGUUCCCUAAUGCAAUAAAGACACACGUACAGGAGUUCAGUACUCUUCCUCUCUUCCCUACCCAGAGUCUUCAUAUGAAGGUACCUUGGAAUUCAAUUUUAACUUCUUGCCUCAGAAGGCAGAAUCAUGGUGGAUUGAGACAUGCCCUAAGUGUAUUUGUACAAGGCAGCAUCCAAGUGGAUUGAGACAUACCCUCAAUUGGAUCUGUGUGAGAGAGAAUGGAGCUGUGCCUCCUGCAGUGCAGAGAGCCUGAUUAGCUACAGGGCGCACCGCUGCAGUCUGGCU